AGUACUCUACUCUACUACUCUGACUCUAACCUACAAUAAUAUUUUGGUGUGUUGUUUGGGCUUAUUUUUUAAAAUGUCAGUUUCACUCGAUAUUCGUCUGAAAAAAGCGGACAAAGUGUACUAUGAAGGGGAUAACGUGACGGGAUUCAUUGUUAUUCAAUCCAACUCUGAUUUCAAACAUGAUGGAAUCACACUAAUAAUGGAAGGAUCUGUUAAUUUACAACUGAGCUCAAAGAAUGUUGGAAUAUUUGAAGCGUUUUAUAACUCUGUUAAGCCCAUACAACUGGUACAUAUGCAGUGUGAGGUAUUACCACCUGGCAAAUUACCUGCAGACAAAACAGAAAUUGCAUUUGAAUUGCCCUUAAAGCCAAAGCAGAACAGAGAAUUAUAUGAGACAUAUCAUGGCGUUUUUAUAAACAUUAGCUACAGUUUGAGGUGUGAAAUGAAAAGAUCAUUCCUAUCAAAAGACAUCCAGAAGAGUCAACAGUUCUUGGUACAAUAUAAACCUAAUCAGAAUGAAGGAUCCAAACCUGUUACAUUUUCUAUUAGCCCAUCUUCACUGUCAUUAGGUUGGGCAGGUGCUCCUGAUUUUCUCUUAGUUGGAAAGCUAGAUUCCACAAGGUGUAGCAUUAACAGACCACUUACAGGUCAUCUUGUUUUGGAGAGGUGUGAAAAGCCCAUUAGAUCCGUGGAAAUACAAUUGGUUCGCGUGGAAACUUGCGGAUGUGCUGAAGGUUAUGCAAGGGAUGCUACUGAAAUUCAGAACAUUCAAAUUGGAGAUGGCGACAUUCCGCAUAAUAUUCAAAUUCCCAUUUAUAUGAUUUUUCCACGGUUAUUUACAUGUCCGACUUUAAUUAAAGUGAAUUUCAAAAUAGAAUUUGAGAUUAAUAUCGUCAUUGUUUUCCAAGAUGAUCAUCUUGUGACUGAAAAUUUUCCAAUACUUUUAACAAGAGAACAAUAAUAAAAAUGCAACAAAUAUAUAAAUACAGGUACAUAUGUAUUACAUUCAAUUUAUAAUAAGAGAGCUGUGUGAACGCAAUAUAAAAUGCAAAAUAUAAUUUAAAGUCCAAA